UUCCCGGGGCGCCCACCCUCUCCUCCUGCCGCCGCUUUCAGCUGCCGGCUGCAGCGCUCCCCAACUUUCACACCUGACCGGGUGCCAAGGCGUCAGGGGCUAUAUAAAGGAAACCCGGAGGAGCUGUUUCCCAGUUACACAGGAGGCGCCCAAGCUCGAGCUAGCCAUGAUCCCAGCCACGCUUCACUUCGGGGGGUUCCUGAUCGCCUGCUUGCUCCUGAAGAGCUGCCUGGCUUUCAAGAACGACGCUACGGAGAUCCUUUACUCGCAAGUCGCCAAAGCCAUCCCGGUCAGAAAUUACAGCUUUUAGAUGAAUCGGCCCGGCAUGGGGGGGCGAAGGCACCCCGGCCACGCGACUGGAUUCGGUAAGGAACAGUCAAGUCGUGUUCAAGUUGGUUGCAGGGAACUGAGAUCAACUAAAUACAUUUCAGAUGGCCAAUGUACCAGUAUAAACCCCCUGAAAGAAUUGGUAUGUGCUGGGGAGUGCCUUCCUUUGCCUGUGUUGCCCAACUGGAUAGGAGGAGGUUACGGAACUAAGUAUUGGAGCAGAAGGAGCUCACAGGAGUGGAGGUGUGUCAACGACAAAACUCGUACCCAAAGGAUUCAGCUUCAAUGUCAAGAUGGAAGCACAAGAACAUACAAAGUAACUGUGGUGACAGCAUGUAAGUGCAAGAGAUACACCAGGCAACACAAUGAAUCCAGCCACAACUUUGAAGGAUCAUCUCAGACAAAGCCCAUACAACACCAUAAAGAGAGGAAAAGAAACACCAAAGCCAUGAAGCAGGCCACAAGUUAGAACUCAACCAUCAGAGUUAUAAAAUUCGAACUCCUCAAUAAUCCACUUCUUUUACAGCUAUUGCUGCCUGAAAACACAACAAAAGCUCGCAGACUUGUCAUUGUUGCUUCUGAACUGGGAGUACUUUGACCAUACUCAGAAGGGCAAUCUGUGCAUAAGGAUCACUCCAGUUAUCAUCCAUAAUUUCAAGAUAAAUAUCCAUCUUUGCUCAUUGAACUCUUAUUUUUCCUGAUUUUUUGGAAACUGAUGUUGCUAUAGACACUCAAACAAAUUUUAUAUUGUAAAGAGUUGCUGUUCUGAGUUUUCAUAAAGUAUAUUUGCAGAUCAACACUUCUCCCAGAGUCCCUACAUAUCACAACUGAAAUGAAUACCUUGCAUUACACUGCAGUCAACCAAAAACACUGGGGAAGCUGAUCCACAGUACUUAUAGUAAACAAGCAAAACAAAAAAAAGCAUGACAGCAGCUGAAAAAGUAAAUCUGAACAAAUGCUAUUUAUUUGUCAAUGUAGUUAUUUAACAAGCUUUUUAUGUGUUUCCUAUUUUAAAGAUGCCUGUUUUAUGUUUCACCACAUUUCCCCCUCCAUACAUCAAAGUAUUUCCCCAUAAUUUGUGAUCAAAGUAGAAUAUACAUUGUGUACAUAAUGUAAAAUAGGUAUUUUAACAGUGCAAUUUGGGUGGGAGGGGGAAGUGCUGAGGAGGCAGCAGACCCCAGCACCUGCAUAAAUGCCACAUGUGCUGGCACAGGGGCACUUAUGUUGGUGUUGGCAAGCUAAAUGGGAGUGCCAUGCAUGGGCACCAGUACAGCCUCAGUGACAGUACUCCUUCAGAGGGCCUUACUUGGGCAAAAUCAGUGGGGCAGCCCAUUGAGGUGCUAGGCCACUUUCAUAGGAGAAGGAACAGCAUUUUCUUCCACUUAUUGUCUGUGGGGAACCAAACAUUGUUGGAGGGUAAUGCGCCGUCCCCAUGCGGUGCAACUCCCCUAGUGCAUAACAGAUCCAUCUUAUUGUACAGUUAUGAUUUUCAACACAAUAUGUUUUGAAAAUUGUUCUGUAAAUACCUUGUAAAAAUGCAUUUGUAUUUUUAAAGUGUGCAGUUCAAAGGUAGACCAUACUUCAUACCAACAUCAUCCUUUUUUAAUAAAAAAAAUUCAACAACA